AUGAUUGAAAACAGAGUGGAGGACAUGAUGAAGAGGACUUUGCUGCUGCUUCUAGAACCAGAGUCUGGAAAGGCCACCAGCGGUCAGGAAGAGGGAGGUUGGAAGCACGUUGCAUUCAAGCAGUGGGAGCACAGGAUAUUUUUGAGCUUGACCUAUCUCUGUUAUCAUCAUCGCAAUGUCAUCAACUUUAAGUUGCUUACCCUGAAUGGGGAAUGGAGCUUUACCAUGGUUACUGUCUGCUUGUUUCUGGUCACUUUCUGCAGCCUGGUUUCCCUGAACUUUUCUGAUCCUGGCAUCCUGUAUCGAGGUAAGGCCUCAGACCCCUGGGAGAAGCUCCCUGAGGCAGCAUAUGUGGCCUGGAUGUAUCAAAGGGCCUUUCAAAUGCUCUGGUGUCCCCAUUGCUCCUUCCACUGCCUACCCAGGACCUUCCACUGUGGAUGUUGUAACAUCUGUGAGGAGGAGUUUGACCACCACUGUAGGUGGGUGAACAACUGCGUGGGGCAUCGUAACAUCCGGSUCUUCCUGCUGCUGCUCAUGUCCCCAUGCCUGUACCUGGGUGCCCUGCUGGUGAUGUGCACCAUCUUCCUUGUGAGCACCAGCGAGAUGCCAUUCUCCUUGGACAAAGCCAUGGCAUAUCCAUACAUGGCUGUCCCGGCCACAGGUGCCCUGUUGCCACUCACCUUGGGACUCCUGAUCCAGGCUGUAGCAAUGAGCACCGCCACGCGCUCCUAUGAAGGCCAGAAUCAAGUAUAA